AUGUCGAGUGCCAAAGAGGCUGCAGCGCCAACACGAACGCCCCGACGUGAUUUGAGACUUGACGACCGAGGCAGAAGUCUUAAGGCGGAGAAAGCCACUUUUGGCUCGCCCCUGGUGGCUGUCUACGCCGUGAGAGGCCAGACAGCGAGACUCCCCUGCAACCUGACGGCACCUCCCGAAGACCCCGUGAUCCUGGUGCUUUGGUACAAGAACGGCACGAAGACGCCGGUGUUCAGCGUGGACUCCCGCUCGAGAGCUCUUCAGGAGGGCAGUAACACCCGUGCCUCCGAUUUAUUUCGAGGGCGAGCCACGUUCCAGCAGCAGCCGUGGAGUUGGGUCUUGGUGGUGCAGCAAGUGGAAUACAGCGACCAGGGCGAGUACCGCUGUCGUCUAGAUUUCCAGUCUUCGCCCACACACAAUGGCAGGGUUCAGCUACAUGUUGUUGAUCUCCCCCGGAAGCUGCGCAUAUUUACUUCCGGUGGAGCACAGGUGGAGGGACUUGUGUCAGUUCAGGAAUCGCAUCCACUGACCCUGUCCUGCAGAGCAACUGGAGGCGAGCCCCUCCCGAACGUCACCUGGUGGUCGGGCUCCAACUCGCUCGACCUCGAAGUGGAGGAACGUCAGCUCACCUCCUCCUUGACGGCGGCGCCCACCUCCCUCUCGGCGCCCUACGUCACCAACACCUUACACUUGCCGGCGGUCACUCACGCCCACCUCACGCAGAACCUGACGUGUAGGGCGGCGAACACGCCCGUGCUCCCGCCUCUCUCGGCCACGGUGAUGCUCAAACAAAUAGAAAAUGUGAUGCUGGCAGCCAAUCACAACGCGAAAAUUGUGGCCAGUGAGCGAAUUUCGGAAAACAAGAGCUAG